AGAACGCCCAGCGCUGCAUGUGAUCCGCUGGGCAGCAUGUCCGCCUCCAAGAGAAGGAGCAAAGGCAGAGCCCAGCAUGGCUCUCCCUGCCCGGAACCAGGAGCUGCCGGCAGCCCGGGGGUCUUUAAGGUCUCCGACUUCUUAGAUAAAGCAGAGGACAGUGUACCGAAGGUAUACAGGUGUUCAUUCAUCCAGCUUGGACUAAAUGCUAUGAAAGCAGCUGACCUAUGUAUCGGGCGCCCUGUACUAAUUACCAGCAUAGAGAGAAGACAAGAGGUAUGCACAGCAUGGCCUGUGUCUGGUUUUCCUUCUGGCAAAGCUGGCCUUGGAGUGACAGCUCAGAAAAACCUGAAGGUAAAGCCUGGGGAUUCAGUCCUUAUUCAACCCCUUACUGGUUCUGUACUGCAAGCCGAAGAAAUUGAAGUUGCAAUCAGGGAGAAAGAUGCCAGUGGUGUCAAUGUUGAAGAAUUGUCUGCUUUUUUUCUGAGGCUUAUGGAUGGGAGGAUCAUUUUGCCAGGCAACCACCUUAGUAUGAACUUCUAUGGUAGACCGUGCAACUUACAGGUGACUAAAAUUAAAGGGAUUGAUGGUACAAUGCAAGAACCAUUGCCCAAUAACGCACUUGUAAAUGAACUUACCAUGGACAAGAGCAGUGUGGACAGCAGUACCUUUGAUUUGUCCUUGCAACUCAAUUUACUGGAUAUUGACGACAACCAAAACAUAGCAGCCACAAGUACUCCAUGUAAAACUGACAAUGGAAGUGUUUCUAUUCCUUCUCCUGAGAUUCAGGCAGGAGUUGUCCCAGAGGAGCAGAACUCACAAGAGUCAUGCCAAGAAGGAUCCCAAAGCUCUAAAAGUGGCUUCCCAGAUGAUAAUGACAAUGACAGACUAAUGUCACCAUCCCUGAAAAUUCAAGUAAGAUGCAAUGCAGACACAUUUUAUUGCAUCACUUCACAAACACAAAUACGAUACAAAGAGCCAAAAUUGACAUCUGAGGUGGACAAAUGCCAACUAAGAAGCAAAGUUACAUAUGACAUGAUCGGUGGUUUGAAUAGCCAACUAAAGGAGAUAAGAGAAACCAUAGAGUUGCCUCUGAAGCAGCCAGAACUCUUUAAGAAAUAUGGAAUUCCUCCUCCACGAGGAGUGCUACUUCACGGCCCUCCCGGGACAGGCAAGACGCUGAUUGCGCGGGCAGUCGCUAAUGAAGUUGGUGCUCAUGUUUCAGUCAUCAAUGGGCCAGAAAUAAUGAGCAAGUUUUACGGGGAAUCAGAGUCAAGGCUGCGGCAGAUAUUUGCAGAGGCAUCACAACGUUGUCCUUCAAUUAUAUUUAUUGAUGAGCUGGAUGCCCUUUGUCCAAAAAGAGAAGGAGCUCAGAAUGAAGUGGAGAAACGGAUAGUGGCCUCUUUGCUUACACUCCUGGAUGGUAUUGGAUCGGAAGAAAGUCAAGGGCAGCUUUUGGUGCUUGGAGCUACAAACCGUCCCCAUUCAUUGGAUCCUGCCCUGCGUAGACCUGGGCGAUUUGAUAAAGAGAUAGAGAUCGGUAUUCCCAAUGCUCGAGAACGCCUGGACAUCCUUCAGAAGGUUCUGAGAAAAGUCCCUCAUCAGCUCAGUGAAGAAGAACUUGUACAGCUAGCAGACAGCACUCAUGGAUAUGUGGGGGCUGACUUAGCAGCACUGAGCAAGGAAGCAGGCUUGAAUGCUCUGCGGAAAAAAUGUGGAGAGCUGUCUUGCCCAUCAGACAGUGAAGUGGCUGGCUCUGUGGUAAUCACUGUGAAUGACUUCCUGCAGGCAAUGAAUGAUGUCAGGCCCAGUGCCAUGAGGGAAGUUGCGAUUGACGUGCCCAAUGUUUCAUGGUCAGACAUUGGAGGCAUGGAGAACGUUAAGUUGAAGUUAAAGCAAGCAGUGGAAUGGCCUUUAAAACACCCAGAAUCUUUCAUUCGCAUGGGGAUACAGCCACCCAAAGGAGUGCUGCUCUAUGGACCCCCAGGAUGCUCCAAAACAAUGAUUGCAAAGGCACUGGCUAAUGAAAGUGGUCUCAACUUUCUGGCCGUGAAGGGUCCAGAAUUGAUGAAUAAGUAUGUUGGUGAAUCAGAACGUAGUGUCCGAGAGAUAUUCAGGAAAGCAAGAGCAGUGUCUCCCUCAAUUUUAUUCUUUGAUGAAAUGGAUGCUUUAGCUGUUGAAAGGGGAAGCUCUUCAGGCGCCGGUAAUGUGACUGAUCGUGUUUUAGCUCAGUUGCUUACAGAAAUGGACGGCAUAGAACAGCUUAAAGAUGUUGUCAUUUUGGCAGCUACAAAUCGACCUGACUUAAUAGACAAGGCUCUGAUGCGUCCUGGACGUAUUGACAGAAUCAUCUUCGUACCUUUGCCAGAUGCAGCCACCCGCAAGGAGAUCUUCACACUCCGGUUCCGCUCUAUGCCCAUCAACAGCGAGAUCUCUCUGGAAAAGCUUGUGACACAGACAGAGAGAUACUCUGGAGCAGAGAUCGAUGCCCUCUGCCGAGAAGCUGCUCUCCUAGCUCUCCAGGAAGACAUACAUGCACAGUGCAUCAUGGGAAGACAUUUUGACCAGGCUUUCGCUAUUGUCAAACCAAGGAUUCCAGAAUCUCUGAUUCAGUUUUACCAAAAUUACCAACAAAAAAGUGGACUACACAAUUUAUAAUGUUUUGCGAUUUUG